AUGUGCGUGGUUCAGCCAGAGGACACAUGUGCGCUCAGAACGGGAGGGAGAGAGGGUGUAGCGAGCCAUGUGAGGAUGUGGAGAGGGCGCUAUGCUUUCAUUUACCACAGACGACAGUAUGUUUGGGGGCCUCCCCCUCGGAUGUCCCCUCCCAUCCCUCUGCUGGACACCGGCUUUACUGCGUGCCUCUCGUGCUUGCCGUCUCCAGGACGAUCACACACUGCGCCGCUGCUGGACUCGGACAUGAGUCAGCUGCCCGAUGAGGAGCUGUUGAUGCUGGGCAAAGAGGAGCUGGUGCUCCGGCUGCGCAGGUUGGAGAGCCGCCACAUGGAACUGAUGCUGGAACACGGACACAUGAUGAAGGACGUGAACCGCAGUCUGCAGGUGCAUCUGCACGAAGUGCGCAGCCUGAAGGAGGUCAACCAGAAGCUGCAGGACGACAACCAGGAGCUGCGGGAGCUCUGCUGCUUUCUGGACGAUGACCGACAGAAGGGUAAACGGGUGUCCCGGGAGUGGCAGCGCUUCGGCCGCUACACGGCCAGUGUGCUGUGGAAGGACGUGGGGCUGUACCAGCACAAGCUGCGGGAGCUGGAGGAGGCGCAGGAGUCUCUGCGAGCAGAGAACGCGGAGCUGAAAGAGAUUGUGCUCAUGUUGGACGAGGAGCGCAGCGGAGCCGGCUCUCGCAGCUCCAUAGACAGUCAGAACAGCUCUGGGGGGGUUCGGGAUGUAGGAGACGGCAGUAGCACCUCCAGCACCGGCAGCGCGGGCAGUCCAGACCACAAGAGCUCAGAGGCCAAGAUGGCAUCACUGCGGAGGUCCAUGGACGAGCUGUGCAGAGGACAGGGGCUCAGCGCUAUUGUCCAAAGCAAACACCACGAGGCGAUGUCAUGA